CCCUUGCCGUCCCGUAUUAUUUAUUUUUUUCAAAUAAAUAAAUAAUAAACUUCGCCCUUUCCUUUGUCCAAAUGCAACUCAGCUUUCCUUCUCUCUCUGUCUCUCACUUGAAAGUGUAAAGAAGAAUCAAAGAAUCUAUGGCCAACACACAAACCCACACACCAGAAGCUAAGAUCUCACUUUCUCUCUCUCUAGAAAUAAAUCAUUUAUGAUAUCGAUUGAUUCCAAGAUCAUUUGGUGAGAGAAAGAGACUGCAGAUCGAUCGACACGGACAGAGAAUUGUUUCAAAUUAUAUCCAUAAAUGGCCACUCUGCAGAAAUUCAAGCUUUUAGCCACUCAGUGCGCCGUAGCCGGAAGCCCUACACGGAGUCCAACCACAAGCCCCGUAAUUCACCUCCGACGCCGCAGAACCCUACGGAUGUUCCUCAGCCGCAACGCCGGUGCCGGCCACCGCCUUCCCCGCCGCGACGACUCGCCCGAUCGACAGGGAACCGUCGGCGGCGAUUCACCGGAAAAGAAGAGCAAGGAAUUAAUCGUCAGGCACAAGCUGAAGGAUUUGUUCGUCUCUUCGCCGCCGUUCGAAGAUAGAGGUUCGGAUAAGGUCGGGAAUGAGAGGGAACUGUUUUUACCUGAAACCGGCCGUGCCGGUGGUGUUGUCGGUGGCGCGACAGGGCGGCGCGGCGGACAACGGUCGCUAAGGCCGUUAUCGGCGACGUUACGGCAGCGAUUACUGAGAAGAGCUUGGCGUCCUGUACUCGUCACCAUAGAUGAGUAGUCUUGGAAAUGAUAGCACGGAAACUGCCUUAAUAACAAUUAAACUGCGCUUGGGGCGGCGUAUUUUAUCUCCAGAACAAUGAAGGUUUUCUAACCAAGAAGGCAAGUGAAGUGAUAGCUUUUUGUUUUAUUUAUUUAUUAUAAAUAUAAUGACAAUUAAUAAUUUGAUGAAUUGAAAUUUUGUUUGCUUUAAUAAGGGGUGUGGGGUAGGGGUCAUUCAAGGUGCCAUAGAUCAUGACGACAAGUUCAUGGAAAGACAUAAAAAGAUGAUCAAUAAUUUAUAAUUUGGAAGUUCUGUCUCAUUUCAGUUUCAUUUAUGUU